CCUGGUGCAUCUGGAUGCGACGCUUUUGCUUAGCCCGUCCUUAUUUGUCUCCCUGCAGUGGCCCAUCAGAAUUGUAUAGAAGCGACUACUUCGACCAAAGAAACCAACGUGGUACAGUACUUCACCCAUCCCUCGUGCUCCAUGACCUUCCAAACGAUAAUUUGGUCCAAAUACUUACUGGGUGUGUAGUUCAUUUUGCCCACAGCCUAACGAGCAGCUGGGAUCCCAUUGGCCGCCACAGGGAACUAUAAACCCUAAGCCUCCUUGCAAUGAGGUGCACGAAUUUCAGGACGGCGAUUCCGAAGAAUAUCCAGAUAGCGUCGCUCGGAAUCAUCUAUUUUGUUGCUUGCAUAGUUUGCGCCCUAGUCCUUCUUCAGCGUAUCCGGCGUCGACGGCUCAGGUACGCAUCAGCAGAGAGGCAAAUGGAUCCGCUAUCAUCUUCGCUAGAGAAGGGAGGUGGCGACGGACCAAGCAGUCCAGUGGGCCAAGGCUACGGCGUUGCCUACCUGCAAUAUCCAAUCUCUCACCACGCUAGCUCAUUCCCUUCAGCUUGCGACGUUCUGCAGCCCUUGUCGCACUUGUCUCAAUUGCCAUCAAGUGGUUAUCUGGCGGCGGUCUUAACUCGAGAGCGGAGCUCGUGGACGCCGCAACACUCGUAUUCCGGCGAUGAGCUUGCUCUACCAGCCCCCGGGAACGCCGAUAUGAACGAAAUUUACAAUUCCUCCACCAGUCAAGAUGAUCUCGGUGGCUUGUCUUCGGAGCGGUUGAAUGGUGGCAGCAUGGCCCCGAACGCUCCACCACGGACGGGUUCAUCCCCGGUUGGGUGGCGUACCGAAAGCCACAGCCAGGAACCGCCGCUCAAUGUUGCGGAGUCUAGCGGAACUCAACCGACGCGGAAAUCCGAGCACGCAGUCCAAUACAUGCGCGAUGCAGACGAGGAGGGAGUGCGGACCUGGAAACGGGUGGUGGUGGAGUACAGUUGAUUUCUUGAUAAUGUGUGUGGUCUCUGUCGCUUAGUUGCCUGGAUUUGCUUCUGAGGGGCCUUCUCCUUCUUCUUCGUCAUGCUUCGGUUAUUCUUCAUUUCGAGAUAGAUACUAUUCUCAUCAGGGACCAGUUUCAAGCGCAUGCCAGAAAGGCAAGCUCGAGGAUUGGGUGGCAUCUUUUAGUUCUUGAUUUGUCAAAGGAGUUUUUAGUUUGUGGUUGAUGAUGAUUGAUGACUGAAUGAUAAUCGGAAGUGUUUGUCAGAGAUGGAAAGAGACUAUCCGGGUCAGUAGAAGAAAAGGUGAUAAUAGCGAUGAGAGAUCAGCUGCUCCUGCAGUAGAAGCACUUGUGGCACGCUGUCCCAUCUCUUCUGGCAGAUCUGGAG